AUGACAACAACAGAACCAGCCUCCACCACUGCUAAAAGUCGACUAAACAUCUCUCCCCUUCCAUCUGUCUCUACCAAACGUCGGUUUUCCACGUUAGCUAGACAAACUCAUACUCCUCUCCCAACAUCCGCUAGUCAACGUCCCAAGCUGACAACUACCACCAGACUCAUCCGUUCCAUCACCAAGACCAUGGCCGACAACAACCUUCAACCCGCUGCAGACACUGCCACUCCCAUUGUAGUGCCCACUGCAACUGCCGACAUUUACAUUCGACUGAGUAACCAAGAUGCUCAGAUCUCCAAGAUGCAAGCACUCAUCCAAGAAAACAUCACCCUCCGUUCAUCCUUGAAUCAAACCAAACAACAGCUUGAGGACGCCCAAAAGCAAAUUCAGGAACUCGUGGCCCAACAGGCACAGGCACCCACUACUGCCCCUGAAUCGACCCCUACUUCACCUCCUAUCACCACGAACAACCCACCAUCCUUUGCUGAACUCGCCAAGAAACCAGCUCCAACCUCCAACUCCAACAAGCCCAAAUCCAAAGGACCAUCUCGCAAGAAGUAUCAACCCCUCAACCUUGAGAUCAACGACACAGGUCUUGCUGCUGCUCGUCAAUUCUCAGCCGUUUCAUCCAGUCAUGGAUAUCGGUUUGUCUACAUUCCAAACCGUAGCCGAUCAUCCAUCAGUAAAAUGAGGGAUGAUUUCCAUGCGAUGGGAAUCCACAACAGACCCAUCCUGGAUAUCCGUUUCCCAGAUCGCCAUGUUUUUGAAUUGCUCAUUCACAACGACUACUACACUGCCCUGGAAAACCAGUUGAUCAAAUACAAGCUUGAUCCCAUCUCCUUUGAUCCAAUGGACACCACCAAGCUGAGAGAUCCCAAGUAUGCCGAGUCUGAGGAUACCGCCUUCCUCGCUGAGGAAUGCCAUCGCCUCUUCCUGGCUAGAGUGAAGGUCAUCAUUGCCCGCUUGAAGGAUCCCAACCAUCAACUCGCCGUAGCACGUUUCUUCAUCUUUAAGAAACCUAUUAUCCCUGAGGCCGAUUACAUGCAACUAUCCAAGACCAUCAAGCCAGUCUAUGUUCCCGCCUACAAGCGUCUACAAGCCACCACUGCUCCAACAGCCUCUGGCCAGGACGACAACAUGGAUGAGGAUUCCAACAACAACACCACCAACUCAACCCAACCAAACACCAACACUGCCCGAGCUGACGAGACUUCAGCCCCCAUGGCCUAA